AUGUUCACUAGAUUAACGUCACCUGGACCAUUCUACCCCCCACAGGUAGAAACAAUCGUGAAUACUGUUCAUUACAGACCACAACUUACAGAUGAUCAGCACACCACAGCAGGUAACCUAGUUGUAGAAUUUGUGGAUAUAUUUGCACUACCAACUAGAGAAGUGAAGCAGGUCAAUUUCAUCAAGUUCUGGUUGUCAAUACCACCAGACAUAGUCUUCUCCAAGAAGAUCCACCAGUGUCCCCUAAUGCAACCACAAUGA